AUGAUAGUAACGGCGCUGACGAUGCAGUUCUUUUUUGGAGUUAAAAGUUGUUACCUUUUCAGUGCGAGUAAUAUGGAGAAGGCAUUACAAUUUGAGAAGAUUACAAACGAAUUUUUUCUUUUGGUCAAAGAUUACAUUCGCCGGUAUUAUAGGCCAAACAGUAAUGAGGGAUAUCAGAAGUAUGGCAUUCGUGAGUUGCAGUUAAUGGAUGAAUUUUCUAAAAUUAAAGCUGACGUUAAGGCGGCACUUUGUGAUUCUAUUGACACACGUACUGCUAUUGAAAAAAUCCGUGAACUUAUCGGUUUGGGGAACGCUUACAUUCUCGAAAUGGAGAGACAAGGAACGAUUCCAAACUGUUUGUUAUUAAGAAAUAUUGCCGCUUACAUAACAUGGUUGUUGAAAGUUUUUGGUGCUAUUCCUUACGGCUACGAAAUUGGAUUUCCAGUGGAAACAAGAAGCUUAUUUAGCGAUUCAAUUUCUUAUGGCGGUGGUCCCAGCACGUCUACGGAAGCUCUUCUUAUGCCAUAUCUAACAGCACUAGCUGACUUCCGAGAAAAAGUAAGAAAUAUUGCGCGAGAACAUAAGGUUGCUGGCAUUUUAGAGGAAUGCGAUCGGCUAAGAGAUGAGAUUCUGCCUGAGCUGGGUGUUCGAUUAGAAGAUCGUGCGUCUCAAACAUGUGUUAAAUUGGUGGACAAAGAAACGAUUUUUCGAGAGCAGCAACAAAAGAAAGCUCUUGAAGCAGGCAAAGAAGCAGAACGCCAGCUUAAGUUGAAAGAAAAAGAGGAAAAAGCGGCGAGGAAGAGCAUACCGCCAUGCGAAAUGUUCAGGGUAGGUGAGGAAGCAUCAAAAUAUUCUGAAUAUGACGAGAGAGGUAUUCCUACACAUCUUGCAAAUGGUGAUGAAGUCUCUAAAAAGCAGCGGAAGAAGUUGGAAAAGCUUUAUGAAGCAAGAGUGAGGGCAUGUGAGAAGGUAGCUAUAUUAGAAUUCCUCAUUUCUUGGAAAAAAAAAAAGAAGUUUUUGUUUUUCUAG